GCUUUUUUUCCUCUUCACAGAAAAUUCUCGCUCCUGCCACCACGUAGUCUUUCACUCGCGAUACCGUAUUGCGUUGUCUUAACUCGCGGGGCAGACUCGAAAGGGAACAAUCCUCAUUGGGAAAAAGGGCGUUAUCUCGGAGGUCUGGAAGCUUUUGGCACGGUAUGUUUUUGAGAAGGCUUCUUUUUAUUUUCUUUUUCAUUCCUUUCAGCCCCCGAAUUGGUUCGUCUUACUGUGGCCUGCUUUAUCAUUCUACUGUACUUGCUGGCCUUUCUUCCUUUCUCUCGACGUCUUUGCUGGACGAGGCUUUACCAUCUUUAUCGCUGUUCGUUGCGCGUUGUCCCUGCAGAUCUCAGCACAUGGAGAUCUUGCUUGACUACUGUAUAACGUUCUCGCAUGCUUCAUUCGUCAUUUGCUCAUAGUGCCCUGGUCGGCAAUUUCAUCGUCUACGUGUACUAGCGGAGGGCGUGUAGUUUUUCUGAUCACAUCCCGCACUCCAUCCUCAUCCCUCAUCUUCCCCUUCAGAAGCAUUAACAUCUUCGAAUACCACCUCUUAUUUGAAUCGUGUUUUGUCUUCCAUUUAUCUGUUACCUAACUCGACGAGCAAAUUCUCCUUCUUGCUUGAGAUAAUUGAUUCAUUAAUACUUUUUUUCUUUCUCACUCCGCUUUGUCAUUCGGAUCAUUCUUUUUCUGUCUGCUUAGUGUGCCGCACCGCACUUCUCUGUACUGACACCACUGCUUUGGUCAUGGGUUUUAAGCUUUGCUGUUGUUGCACAAACCUUUGGUCUUCCCCUCGCUCCCCGCCGGCACAGCCUCCACCGGGACAAACCCCAGACCUACCCACAUUACCCGACCCUGUUGCGCCCGACGUGUCAAGCGCAAUUAAAAUAAGUACAGUUCCAGAAAAACGAGAAGAAAGUACUGCUCCCGAAACGAUCCUCCCACCUGCCAAUCCGGAAUCCAGCACCACACCUGACCCGGGGAACAAAGAGACCAGCAGUCCAGCUCGUGUUCAUGGUCGCGCAACAAACACCGACAUGGUUUCUAAUAGCAGGACACCUUUGGGAGCUUGGCAUGCGGUGGCUGCGAAGGUAGUUGCCGCGAAUCGCUUUAGAGGAGCUGGGGUAUCUUCGCAUGUGGGGGACUUUAGGAUUGAAGAGCUUGGUGGGAAGGGUGGACAUCUUGUGUUUGGUCCGGUUGCUGUUUUCAAUGGAAAUGUUUCUCUUGGUAUCAAGAAACCAAUGACCGGCAUGACCCUUACAAUCACAUUCACGGGGGCUGUUGAGGUAGACAAGAACCGGGCGACGUUUCUUAGCAUUUCUCACGAGCUGCAUUCUGGGGGAAGGAUUCCGCACAUUCCUCUUCGGCUUCAACUUUCCCCAUCUCAAUCUCCCACCUACAUCUACGAGCCCCCUAAUUCACUACUCGAUGACAAUUCUUCAAUCGGAUCACGGAUAUUAGAGUUCAAGAGUAAGCCUCUAGAAAUCGUCUUCAUCCCCUACAUCGAUCCUGCCCUCGAAUUCCCCCCCCUCCCCCGACUUCUGCCUCAGGUAUUCCCCUCCAAGGAUAAGAAUUCGAAAGGGAAGGGCGUGGAUACAGCUCCGUCGUUAAAAUCAGUUAGCGGUGCCGAAUCUCCAACGAAUAGCAGCGACAUUGGACCCUUGAAGGUUCCCAAGCCAAAAUUAACCCUGACAACCGCAGAGCUCCCGUUGACUGCGUCGAGCAAUAGCACGCCUAUCAUUGACAAGCCUCGCCCUAUCGAUACAUCUGUCCUCAGGACGGUUUGUAUGACAGAUGAUGGGAAAAUUGUUGCUAGACUAACGAUCGAGCUCCAAAAGACCAGGUUUCUGCCGGAUGAUGAGAUAUCCCUACUCAUGCAAUUUGCUAUCAAAGAAGGUGAUACAAUGCCCAAAGGCUUCGGCAUUAGGGUAGUUGAAAAACGCUGCUUAGCAAGAAUGGAUCCGGACAUUAUACAAGACGAAGCUGCCGGCGAUGACGAUGAAGACAGCCUACCAAAACUUAACGUUAUCGGAAAGGAGCGUACCAAAGUUCUCACGGGAGGAAAGUUCGCCAUACACCCAGACAACAUCCGCAACGUGAAGCUGGCGGACCUCAAUAUUCCAGACCGCACCGAAUCCGCCGUCACUUCCCGGGAGAAAGGAGAUGAACCCGCGGCCCACCGAAACCUCCUUGGCGGAAAGAAGAUCGAAAUGCCGAUCCGCAUUCGCCUACCAAGUUUCAAAACCUUCAUUAGUGACAUACUCCUGCCCACUGUGGCGCUCCCACUGGGUAGUUUGUCAGCAUGCGAUCCCGCGCCAAGAAUCGGUCCGAUAGACGGUAUCCCCUCAUCCUCACCCCCAUCCUCUACCCAUCGCAACAAUAAGGGAAAAUCUCCAAUGGUCUCCAGCACACCCAGCCCCACCACCCCAGCCUCCUCCAUAAACCACAACCUUCCCUUGCUCCCACCGAAUCUCGGCUUGAGUUUCAUAGUAGCCCACGUCCUCCAAGUCACAGUUCCAACCUCCACUUCCUGGCUGAAAAAGCCGACAUCCAUCUCUAAAGACCUGGAGAUCUCAAUACCGAUUGUUCUCGGGAAUAUCAACCCCCACGCAGCACUCCGCAGGAAAGCACCAGACUUUAGAAUGAGCGUACUUGAAGAGCGAAGGUAUGGUGUUGGAGGGUCGAGUAGCAGCAGGAGCAGUAGUAGGAAGGGGAGUGUGGGGUCGGUGAGUGGGUAUGGUGUUGCUAGUGGGAGUGGUGGUGGUGGUGGUGGGAGGGCCACUGGGGGGUGGAGGGAGGGGGAGAGGUUUUUGACACUGAAGGAGACGGAAAUUAGGCCUGGGUUUAUCGGAGAGUUUUAGUAAUACAGCUGGGAAGUGAGAGAGAGGGGGGGGGAGGGGAAGAAGAAGAAAAGAGAAGCCCCCUUUUUUCGUCGCUUUUUGUUGGUUUUCCCUUUUUUUAUUCUUAUUUUUUAGCGAUUGUCCGGCGAGAUGUUGGGAGUUUGGGAUUAUUCCUGUCUUUGGGUUUGGUCAAGUUGGUAUAUUUACCGUAGUAGUUUCACCCAUCCUACUUCUAGCUCUGGCUCUACUUUUUUCUUCUUCCCUCCGUUAAUGUAAGCAGUGUAUAACCUUUUGUAAUUUCCUUUUUACUCUCAAGUGUUCGUGCCACCAAGUGGAGCAAACACAUAAGUUACAGGUAAUCAGUGAUUACCACCCUCUACCCCCCUCUCCUUUACCUGUUAUCACUAUCAUUCUUUAUAUAUAUCUAUUCCUUUCGUAGCAGACAGAAUACUUGGGAGGACAGCCUUAGUUAGCCUAUUUCC